CGAUUCGUCAAAGAAAAACUAGAGACGGAAGUGUUAGGUGUUUUCAAUAGCCGCAGCUAUAAUUUACUCAUUUGUCCCAUCGGGCAAACUGGUGGAAAUUUUGUUUUAGCGUUUCGUUAAUGGGAUCUUUGUAAGGGAUGCGUAGUGGAUUUAAAACAAUUGUGUCGUUCGCGAUCGGCGUGUUUCUGGCCACCGAGCAAGCCCAGACAACCACCUCGGUUCCGAUCCGCUGUCUUAACGGAUGGAUUGUUACCCCGGCUUAUGGCUCUCAAUACUGUGCGUGCAAUGCGGGAUUCAUGGGCAACGCGUGUGACCAGUCUAUACCCACCAUCCGCUGCGUGCACGGAAGGAUUGCAAAUGCUGGGUACGGUCAAUACUGCGUGUGUAACCCUGGGUUCAUAGGAGAAGAAUGUGAUGGAGUAUGCGAGGACAACAUCAGCAAUUGUGCUGCUGACAAAGAAACCGUUUGCAAAACCCCGAUCUUGACAACGUUCUGUGCAAAGACUUGCUCGCUAUGUUCAGCUGAAUUUCCCCGUCCGCCCCCGAUCAGCUGCGUGAACGGAGUGAUUACCCUUGCUUGGACUUCAUUUGAACGCUGCGAGUGUGACCCUGGGUUUACAGGAGAGACAUGUGAUGUGCACAUGCCUAUGGAGAAGCUCUCACAGACAGAUCUGUCCGGCUCCCCGAGUAACUUUGUGUAUCUUAUUGUUGGAGUUUCGGUUGGUGCCUUGAUACUGGUGCCAGUCAUUCUGGCCGCCGUGCUCGUUUGCAAACGACGACAACGACUGAACAAUCAACAGAGCGCUGCGCAUGCGCGACGCCAACCACGUGACCUUCGAACCGGGUUCAGUCACGGUAUUUACGCGAUUCCUGGCGAUCUUGACUUUAAGCUGCCCCCGUACACUCCGCCGAACUUCCCGCCGCCGUACGACCACCUGGAUAACAAAAUUGCAGGCCCCGUGGGCGGGAAAGACUCAUUGUCGCAGCCCCCGCCAUAUUACAGCAACCCGGGCUACCAAACAAUGUCUUCUGUCCGAAAGGAGUCUGUCGGAGACGAGGUUGUGUCGGUCAGAUCCGAAUGAGUCAGAUUCAAAAAGGCGGACGAGUAUCGCGGCGUGCUUUCACAGUCACGUUAUCCGCUUUUAUGAAAUGAAAAAUUGUGUUAACUUUCUUUAGUCUUUACUUGUGAAAUAACGAUACUAGUUGUAUUGUGAUUUUAACUGUUGCUUGAAUCUACGCAUAAAUACACAAAAGUAUAUAAAUAAUGCUAUUUACAUGUGAUUGAAUAUAAUAAUUAACGGUAUUGUGUGUGUAUAUUGAAGACACUAGUGUGUCAUUUAUUAUCCAAUAUCAUGUGGGUCGUUAUGGCAUCCGUAUGGUUUGUAAAUUUAUUCCGGUAUAAUAUAAAUACACGUUAAUCACAUUCUAGUUUGCACUGUUGUCGAUGACGUCUUCUAUUUAGCGGGUGUACUUUUGCUGCUCUGGUACCCAGGAAACGCAAGUUCUUUAAGACCUUCCAUGAACAAAAAAACGAAACAAAAGCUACAGAAUGUCUUCGAUAACCAUAUCUGCACGGUUUAUGUGGAACAGAAACCUAAGCAACAGUAUGACAGUCAUUAAGCUCUAUGGCAACCUUAUGUCAGACCGGAAAUUCACGACGACAGCCUCUAUCUAUGUCCCGAAUUACAUAAAAUCGCGUAACCUCGUUACCCGACCUCCGCCCUCUACCCCAUCGGUUACCGACAGCAAGAAGGGGUGCGGCUCAAUGAAGAAUGUGGAGUACCUGACCCAUCUCGCCGUCGUACUUUAUCCCGCCUUGCAGUCGUUGCCUGUCGUACAUGAACGGACAAUGAGAGACCAGAUGUCGAUUGUUUCCGCGAAAAGCGACCGCACGGACGUUUCGAUAAAAUUAAAGUAAACUUUUACUAAAAAAUUGCGAGUUAAAUCCUAUUCGUAAUCGCAUGCCAACUUCUGUUUACAAUUAAAAUAUACAACAUUUUGUUAAGCAGAUAAUUCAGCAACAGAAAAAUCAACACUUUGUGUAUUGCCAUACCGUUGGAAAAUUAUAUAUCAAUACAUACAUAUACAAGUAGUUGUAUUCGUACAGUUACAUGUUUUAAACUGACGUUUUUUGUUUAGUUUGCUUCAAUAUGUAUAUUUGAGUUUUUCCAUAUAUGUGCUUUCUUUUGCUCGCACGUUGAUUGUUUUUAUUUCUGUAUUAGAAAAUUGAUAAACAACAUUUUGACAAAUCAAUAUCAAUAACACGUGAUCUCAGUCCAAUUCAUGAAUUAACGAUGUUUCGGCUGUAAAGUUGAUUUUAUAAACAGGUGUCAUUUUGUUGUUUAGUUUUUUUUAAUAUUGGCUUUUGCUUUGCCGCAAUUUUUUUAAAUUUAUUCAACUUUAUUAUUCAUCAGCUAAUAUAUUAACCAGAUACCCUUCUUCGUGUUUUGUUUUGUUUGAAUGGAUACUGUUGUUUGUAAUAAAAAUAAAUUACUCAGUGCUGAUCUUCUGUCAGAAGUGUAAAAACUACUGUUAUUUCCGGCUUUAUUGCUUUAUGUUCGUGUAUGCGUGCGUCUAAGUUUUUUGCGUACGUUUUAAAGUGCUUAAAAGUGCAUAUGUAAAUUAUAGGCCCGAUGUGCGAUUUUUUUUGCCAAACCUCAAACAAAUUGCAAUAGAAAAUAAUUAAAGUAAUUUGGACUCUUAUGGGUGUUAUCUAUUAUGUACAAAGAAUUUUCAUUGAUAGGUUGUGGGCAAAUUUAAGUUUUUCGCCAUUUAAAUAUGAUAUUUGAAGGUUGUUUUUUAGAAAUAAAAAUGUAUACACGGUGCUUUACAUAUUUGACAUUUUAGUAGCGUCCACGCGAUGCAAACUUGCGACCGAUGCAUUGUCAUGUCUGGAAUUGAAUAUAUGUAAUAAACAUAAAAUAAAAUUUAAAGAUA